CUGUGAUCUUUUGUGCUGACUCCGAAGGAGCCUGCAGUUUAUUGUGAAGCAGAAAAUAUCUGCGGACACCAUGAAUGGAGCGGAUUAUCUGCAGCAGCACAGCGCCGAGAGUCUGUCCUUCGAGGAGAUGCAGCAGAUUAACCCGCUCGGAGUCCAUCAGCAGCAGAAAGACGAGGGCAGCCAAACCUCCGAAGUUCAGCAGCUGCUGGAGAUGAAAGAGGAUCACCCUGAAUGGAGCCUCGGUCUGGACCAGCAGGACCGAGAGUCUCUGCAGAUAAAGGAGGAACAGGAAGAACUCUGGACCAAUCAGGAGGGAGAGCAGCAUAAUGGAUUGAAGGUGACUGAUGUCACCACUUUCCCAUUCACUAUUGUCACUGUAAAGAGUGAAGAUGAUGAUAAAGAGAAGUCUCAGUCUUUGCAGCUUCAUCAAAGCCAAACUGAAGACAACAGUGAGAUGGAGCCUCUGACCAGCAGCCCAGCUAAACAGGUAAAAACAGAGCCUGAUGAAGAGGACUGUGGAGGACCAGAAUCAGAAGGGAACCUUGAUACACACAUUUAUUUACAACCAAAAACUGAUGUAAAGGCUUCAGACUCUUCUGAGACUGAAGUGAGUAAUGAUGAUGAUGACUGGAAGGAGCCUGUAUCAGAUUCUGGACCUAAAACCAGACACAGUGAUGAUGUUUGGAAGGUGUGCCGACAGCGCCAACAAGUCUACAGCCAGUCACCAAACAUGAUGCAAAAAAACGUGUCAAGAUUCAGCAUCCCGCCAAUGGAAAGGAGGACUGCACGUAGAUCCAUGAAGGGAAGAGGGAGAUGGCAGAAGUGCCUGCCUGCCAGUUCCAGUUCGGACAUCACUCUAGCAACCUCUCAAUACCAGAAGGACUCAGAUGAAAACAGUGACCCCUCGCUGUCACUCAUUGCUAACGUGUCACACACAAUGCUGGAGCCGGGCUCCUCAGCCAGCCUGCACGGACGUGUUGGCCACAGAGUUGUGACCGGGGAGCCAGAGUUGGAGAUAGAAGAUGAAAAGCCAAUGGUGUCGCAUUGGCCUGGGGCCAAGAAGAGGAUCCGGAUGGAGCCAGAGGCGACUCUCUCGCCCGAACAGGAAGACCACCUCGUAGAGUGGUUUGCAGCUCACCCCUUCUUCUACGACCAGACAGCACGCGACUUCAAGGACAAGCGCAGGCGAGAGCAGCUGCUGGAUCAGAAGGCCGAGGAGCUAGGAGUUACCGGGAACUUCCUCUGGGGGUGGUUCCGCAACAUGCGGACCGUCUAUGGGAAACUAAGGAAGAAGAAGAAUGAGCAAGCGACACGACCACUGACAGCCAGGCAGCGGUGGACUUCAGAUAUGUUCAAAUUCUUGGACAAGCACAUGACCAUCCGCAGGAGCAGCCUGGGAAAGCUUCAAGGGGCACAGUCCACCAAUACCGGAGUGGAAGAGGAGGAGGAGGAAGAGGAAGAAGAAGAAGGAGACGAAGAGCCUGCGAGGUCAUCAAGUCGUCCUGGGUCUCCGUCUCCUGUUCCCUCCAGUCAAACCCCAAAGUUAAAGGGCAAGAAGGCCAAGCUCGCCAGCCGCUGCGUCAACAAGGCAGUUCUUCAAAUCCCAAACAGCAUGUCCUCACUGCAGACGGCUAUGAGGUCCCUGCAGGUAGCUAUGGAGUCCCUGCAGGCAGCUGUUGGGGGGUUGAGCAACAACCGAGUCAUGUACUGUCAAUACCUGAGCACCGAGGUGGGCAUGCUCACAGAGGAACAGUGGUCAAUGUUUCAGCAGGAGACUAUGGGGAUGCUUAUUCGUUUCCGUACUGCCCGUCAGCAGCGGCAGUCCUCAGUUCCAGUCCUCCUCCCUCCGGGCUCCAUGGAGUCGAUUCCAGGCCCGAGCAGCACUCUGCUCAGUAGUUCCUAUUUCCAGUCCCGGCCAGCACCGCCCCAGUAGCCUCUGUCCCAGCAAAUUAAUUUUUUUAUUGAAUUUGUGAACUAUUUCACAAUUUAUUUACUGAUCAUAGUUGAGUGUUUAUGUUAAUAAACAAUCAUAUUUCACUGGUACUUACUUCUUGAUUCCUUGUAUCACAGUAGUAAAACUUGUGCCUUACAGCUGCAAGACAUUUUAAUUGGCGCAAAUUUUACUUUGAGGCGGAAAGUCUCAGUUUCUUGUCGGUGUUAUGUGUAAACUUGAAAAAUAGAAAAAGCAGAUGUUUCUCAUUAUAUUGUACUUUAUACAUGGACCAUUGUGACCUUUAAAUUCUUAUAUUCUAAAUUUGAAAUUAAAAUUUCAAUUUCUUUUCAUGUGA